GGCAUUUUGUUUAUAACUAAUACGCGAAACCGCCGGAGCACAGCUUGCGCAUGAGUUUGUGACAAUUUGCAGUUCUAAUUCAAUUAAAUCAACAAAACACUGACUAAACUAGCAACUAAGUGCGCCGCGUGUAGCAAACAAACUGCAGUUACAGGCAAUUUACGUAAGAAUUACACAAAAAAGAAAAGUGCGCAGUGCAGACAAACUCGACAAACUCAACAAUUCAGCUACAGCUACAACGUUUUGUUGGCCAGAACUACCCAAAGUACACACACACACACGCAUACUCAAUAGCAAACGAGACUAUUGUGCAAAUACACAUUUGUAAGCCGAAACUAACUAACAAUUGACAUUGGAGAACUGUGAGUGAGACACCACCUGUUUGUUUAUGGCAUCGACAACGGAAGAGAACUAACAACAACAACAAUAACGAAAAUUGUUAACAAAUUGCGAAUGCGUCAGUGUGCGUUUUUACAAGUCUAAUCAAAUUCUCAUUAUAUAUGUACAUUGCAUACAUAUUCAUGUUGAAGUUUUUGGCUAGUCGCGUGUCCUAUUAAUAUCAAUAAUAAUAUUAUUUAUGGCUUCAAAUGCACAGCUGGGCAAAAUCAUUUUGUUAAUCGCAAUUGUUGUGUUCUUUUACUACUUCUUCUGGGUAGCAAUUUUGCCGUUUAUGAUACUCGAUGAAGGAAAUCCCAUACGCUCGCUGUUUCCACCGCUGAAGUACGCAUUCAUAGUGCCCACGGUGUUUGGGGUCAUCUGCUUGGGCGGCAUUGCCGUGUUCUCCUUCUAUCACAUUUGGAGCUUCACAAAGUCAACAAAACGCAAUUGA